UGCAACUUCAACAUUAUCGACCUAUUUUGUAUAUUGUCAAGGUUGCCAUGGUAACGCAUUUGUCAACAAAAGCGCGCGGUUGUUGCCAAGUUUACGAUAACAUUCGAAUAAACAAAGUGUAAAAUGAUUCUGUCUAGAUCAAAACCAGCGACGGAGAGCCGGGCGAGCACCGGGGGCAGUUCUGCCAAGAAAACCUUUCCUGAGCUCGAGGACUUUGUAUUGAAACGAGAUUAUGUUGGUGCCCUAACUAUGCUGGAGUUUCUAAAACACGAAGGCAACACGGACGUGUGGGCGGACGUGUGGAGCGCGUGGUGCUGGUUCCACCUGGGCGAGUACCGGCGCGCGCUGGACGCGUACCAGAGCGUGCGCACCCGGGACAAGCUAGACGCCCGGGUAGCGGACUAUAUCACCAUGGAUAUCGCUGUAUGCUACUUUUAUUUAGGAAUGUACAAAGAGUCACAAGAAGCGGCAGAUGAGGCACCAAAAUGCUCAUUGAAGACACGUCUGUUAUUCCAUUUGGCUCACAAACUCGGUGAAGAGGAGACAUUAAUGCGCGCUCACGCAGCCUUGCGGGAUGUGCCGGAAGACCAGCUCUGCUUAGCAUCAGUACAUUAUCUAAGAGCACAUUACCAGGAGGCUAUCGAUGUGUACAAGAAGCUGCUUUUGGAAAGACGAUACAAGAGAUAUGAGAAAGAUGAUAUGGAUUGGAUAAAGCUAUUAGCAAAUACCGAUAGUACGUUCAUGGCUCUAAAUGUAUACGUGGCUCUGUGUUACUACAAACUCGACUACUAUGACGUGUCUCAGGAGGUUCUAGGAGUAUACCUGGCUCAGCAUCCCACGUCAGCGGUUGCGGGAAACUUGAAGGCUUGUAAUCUUUUUAGACUGUACAAUGGGAAAGCUGCUGAAAAUGAACUGAAACAAAUAUCUUCGGAACAGCAUACAUUUGGACAAGAUCUCGUUAAGCACAAUCUUGUCGUGUUCAGAAACGGUGAAGGAGCUUUAAAGGUACUCCCAGAACUGGUAGAUGUGGUACCUGAAGCCAGGCUUAAUCUGGCUGGCUACAGACUUCGAAACCGAGAGCCUUUGGAAGCGAGGACGCUGCUAGAACCUCUGCAGGCCACCUCGCCACUACACUAUAUUUUAAGGGCCGUGGUUGCUGUACGACUGUACAAUGAAACUGGAGAUGAAGAACAGAUGAAGCUGGCUCAGCAAAGUUUCCACUUAGUGGGCAGUUCAGCGUCAGAAUGUGACACGAUCCCGGGCCGCCAGUGCAUGGCCUCCUCUUACUUCCUGGCAGGUCACUACGAGGAAGUACUCGUGUACCUCAACUCCAUCAAGAGCUUCUUUGUAAAUGAUGAUACGUUCAACUUUAAUUAUGCUCAGGCUAAAGUGGCGACGGGUUUCUACCGCGAGGCGGAGGAGAGUCUGCUGAGUAUCCAGGACGAGAGCAUGCGGAGCUCGUUCACAUUCCUCGCGUGUCUGUGCCGCUGUCACAUCAUGAACAGGGACGCCGCGCUCGCCUGGGAGAUGUGUGUCAAGUCGGCGGGCACUCCUGACAGCUUCGCGUUGUUGCAACUCGUCGCGAACGACAGCUACCGCAUGGGACAGUUUCUAGUCGCCGCUAAAGCCUUCCACAUGCUUGACAGAUUGGACGGAGGCCCAGAGAUGUGGGAAGGGUUACGCGGCGCGGUGUGCGGGUGCGCGCAGGCCGCGGCCGCCAACAAGCCGAACGCGGCGGCCGACCUCAGGGACGCGCUCGCACUGCUCAAGGGGCCGCGCUCGCACACGCGCGCCGACAACAUCGUCAGGACCAUCACCAAGUGGGCGCAGCAGAACAGGAUCCCCGUAUGAUCGGAGAGCAAGGCUUGCUUAGUAGCCUAGAACUUCGUAGAAGUAUGACGAGAUGUAGAAGUAGAAGCCAAAAACUAUCACUCCAAUUAGUAGGGUAAUUAACUAAAAGUAAAAAUAUUUAAUAUGGAAAUAAUAAUUGGAACAAUGAAACUGAAGACAUCAUGAUUUUACAUUUAGUUAAUGACGUGACUAAGUGGAUUUAAUAGAUUAGACUGAGUGUGGUAAGAUUAGUUAUGGUCAUUAAACGAAAUAUUUAUGUAAA